GCCCCGCCCCUGUGUGAUAAGCGGAAGUAGAUGGAAACAGGCAGGCCAGCCAGCUCUGGCAGCGAAAAUACGCCUGUCGCUUGGGAGCCAAACUCUUCGUACCUGGUGUUUGUUCUUUAAUUUGAAAGUCCGAAUGGUGUAGAAGUAGACGAUACAUCAACAUGUUGAAGAAUUGGGAGUAUCUCUCGAAGACGCCGAAACUCCGUCUUUCACUUUUCGCCGUUCUUCUUUUUCUUGUUGUCUCCCUUGGUGACGCCAGGCUACGCACACGAAGCGCCAGCACCUCGCAGGAGGAAACGGUAGAAACUUACAACAAAUACUACAAUUAUGUUGACCUGACCGGGCGUUUAAAGUCUUUAGCUGAGAAAUACCCUCGCGUAGCUAACCUGUCGAGCAUAGGUCAGUCUGUUGAGGGCAGAGAGCUCUGGGUGAUGCGGAUCACCAAGGACCCCAACAGUGACACACCAGGGAAACCCAAAUUUAAAUACGUCGGGAACAUGCACGGCGACGAAACUGUGUCCAGGCAGGUGUUGGUGUACCUUAUUGAGUAUCUGCUGACUAAAUAUGGGGAGGAAUCGCGUAUUACUGAGCUGGUGAACACCACGGAUAUUUACAUAAUGCCCAGCAUGAACCCUGACGGCUUCGAGAAGUCCAGAGAGGGCGACUGCAGUGGCGACAACGGGGGGCGAAGUAAUGCCAAAAACAUGGACCUCAACAGAAGCUUUCCUGACCAGUACGAUGAGACGCGUGUCAAUACAGCUGAUGUCCCCGAGGUCAUGGCUAUGAUCAGAUGGAUCCAGGAGAAAAGAUUCGUGCUGUCAGGGAACCUGCAUGGUGGCAGUGUGGUUGCCAGUUACCCUUUUGAUGACUCAGCCUCCCACCCGCGGCAGGGCCACUACAGCCAGUCAGAGGACGACAGCCUGUUUCGCUACUUAGCCCUGGUGUUUUCCCAGAACCACCCUGUGAUGAGGACUGGUGAGCCCAACUGUCCUGAAGCCCCGGAAGAAAUCUUUAAAGAUGGCAUCACCAAUGGCGCGCAGUGGUAUGACGUGUCUGGAGGGAUGCAGGACUUCAACUACCUCUACGGAAACUGUCUGGAAAUCACCAUGGAGCUGAGCUGCUGCAAAUAUCCUCCUUCUUCUGAGCUCCAUAAGGAAUGGGAUCUGAACAGGGAAUCCCUACUAGCCUACAUAGAAAAGGUCCGUAUAGGUGUUCGUGGCUAUGUGAAAGACGCCAUCAGUGGCACUGCCCUCGCCAAUGUCAGCAUUGUGGUGGCAAGCAUUCGCCACAACCUGACCACAGGAAAAUAUGGGGACUACUACCGCCUUCUACUCCCAGGAACAUACAACAUCACAGCUGUGGCCCCAGGGUACAUAGCAAUGGCAGUCCACAGUGUCCAGGUCGUGGAGGGCAAAGCCACAGAACUUAACUUUACCUUGGCGCCUGUUGUCAAUGAGGCUGCAGGGGGCAUCCCUGUGACUACAUACUCCAUGCCAUCCACCAAUGAUCCAAACCUAUCCACAACCACCAACUCUGACUCCACCCAGACCCGGGUGGUUCCUUCUGAGGACAGCAAACACAGUCCUCCUUUACUGCCACCUAAACAUCAGCCCAUCCAGCCUAAGGAAUUUCGUCACCACAACUACGCAGACAUGGAGCUGUUCUUGCUCAAGUACAGCAGCGAGUUCCCCUCGAUUGUCCAUCUUUACAAGAUUGGCCACUCCGUGGAAGAUCGUGAGCUCUAUGUGAUGGCCAUCUCAGACAACCCCACUGUCCAUGAGCAUGGUGAGCCAGAGUUUAAGUAUAUAGCCAACAUGCACGGUAAUGAAGUGGUGGGCCGAGAGUUAUUGCUCAACCUCAUCGAGUACCUGUGCCGUAACUAUGGUACUGACCCGGAGGUCACUAAGUUGGUCAACAAUACCCGCAUUCACAUCAUGCCUUCGAUGAAUCCUGACGGCUAUGAGGUAGCCACUGAGGGUGAUAUAAAGGGCUACAAAGGGCGCAACAACAGCAACAAUUUUGACCUGAACCGCAACUUCCCAGACCAGUUUAUUAACAUCACAGAGCCCAGACAGCCGGAGACUAUAGCUGUGAUGAAAUGGCUGAAGAGCAUUCCCUUCAUCCUGUCAGCCAACCUCCAUGGAGGCUCCUUGGUGGUUAACUACCCCUAUGAUGAUGACAAACAAGGGCUAUCCCGGUACAGCCAGUCACCUGACGACAAAGUCUUUCAGCAGGUGUCUAGAGCCUACUCACAGGAGAAUCCUUUGAUGCACAAAGGACACCCUUGUGAGGACCUGUACCAGGAGGAAUAUUUUGAGGAUGGCAUCACCAAUGGUGCCAAAUGGUACAAUGUUCCUGGUGGCAUGCAGGACUGGAACUACUUAAACACCAACUGUUUUGAGGUGACCAUUGAGCUGGGCUGUGUGAAGUACCCCAUGGCCAAGGAACUGCCACAAUACUGGGAACACAACCGACGAGCCUUGCUUCAGUUUAUACACCAGGUUCACAGUGGUGUAAAAGGCACAGUCUCUGACAUAAGGGAUGGCACAGGAAUUCCCAAUGCCACUAUUAGUGUGGAGGACAUAGACCACAACAUCACCACAGCUCGUACUGGAGAUUACUGGAGACUGCUAGUCCCUGGGACUUACUAUAUCACUGCUUCGGCCCACGGUUAUACACUUAUGAGGACCUACGUCACAGUCCCAGAGGAAGGAGUAGAGGUUCUGGACUUCAGACUGACACGUGUAAACUCAGACCCUAAUGGCCAGUCUCCCAAUGGCCCCCAACCCACACAGAACCCAUCUGAGAAGGAGUUCCAGAGUUUAAUCAAGGACCUCUCUCUUGGCCAGGGUUUGGAGCAGUUGGUCAAGAGCACGGCCACAGAGAACAGCUUCCCCUACAGACGCUACAAAGAGCUGUCCGGCUUUAUGAGAGGCCUCACACUUAACUUUCCCCAAAUUACAUCUUUACGCAGUUUGGGCCAAAGUGUGGAGGUUAGAACUAUUUGGGCUCUGGAAAUCUCCAAUAAACCAGGAGAAGCUGAACCGUCUGAGCCCAAGAUCCGCUUUGUAGCAGGGAUCCAUGGCAAUGCCCCAGUGGGCACAGAGCUGCUGUUGGAGUUUGCUUUUUUCCUGUGUAUCAACUAUGGCAAGAACCCAGCCAUCACCAGGCUGAUUAAUGAGACCCGGAUUGUCAUUGUGCCUUCCAUCAACCCCGAUGGACGAGAACAGGCCAUUGAGAAACAGUGCACCUCCACCCAGGGCUUGACCAAUGCUCAUGGCAAGGAUCUGGACACAGAUUUCUUUGGCAAUGCGUCGCAGCGUGUGGUGGAGGCCCAACCAGAGACCAGAGCCAUGAUGGACUUGAUUCUAGACAAGGCCUACACUCUGUCUGUAGCCCUCGAUGGAGGCUCCCUUGUAGCUACCUACCCUUAUGACAAGCCUGUCCAGUCCGUUGAAAAUGAGGGCACAUUGAAGUACUUGGCAAGUGUUUAUGCCAACAACCACCCUAAGAUGCACCUCGGGGACACUGGAUGUUCAAAUAAUGAGCAGAUGGGCAACACCCCAGAUGGAGUUAUGAGGGCAGCAGAGAGACAAAGCCACAUGGGGAGCAUGAAGGACUUCAGCAUGGACUUCGGCCACUGUCCAGAGAUUACAGUGUAUACUGGCUGCUGUUUGUUCCCUCCUGCUGAGCAGCUGACCCCACUCUGGGCUGAGAACAAGAAGGCUCUCCUAAGCAUGUUGGUGGAGGUCCAUAAAGGUGUGCGUGGCGUGGUGAGAGACAAGAGUGGAAAGCCUAUUGUUGGGGCGAUCAUUGUACUGAAUGGGGGAGUGAGGGUCUUUACUUCAGAGGGCGGCUACUUUCAUGCACUGCUGGCUCCUGGCAACCACAACAUUGAAGCUGUUGCUGAUGGCUACCAACAGCAACGUCAAGAGGUGGUGGUGUCUUCCUAUGAAGCUGCUGUCUCUAUUAUCAUUGAGUUUGACAUGGACAACAGCAUCUUUGGCCUGCCCAGAGAGUUUGUGGUGGCCAGUGCAGCAGCCUCCAUGACCGCAUUGGUGGUGACGGCGUGCAUCAUCUGGUGUGUGUGUGCAGCCAAGUCUAAUCGUCAAAAAGAUGGCUUCCACCGCCUGCGACAGCACAGAGACGAUUAUGACGAUGAGAUCCGGCUGGCCUCCAUGGGCUCCAAGAAGUCGCUGCUUGCCCAUGAGUUUCAGGACGAAAGUGAAAGUGAUGAGGAGACACUGUAUGCCAACAAAAUCUGAGAACCAUUGCACCAAUUUGGCUGCUGGCUCAGUAUUUCAUUUUGAUGAC